AUGGACGCCAGGUCCCGCUAUCGGAACCUCGUAACGACCUUGGCCGCCUUGGCAAGCGACGGCGACAUCACUGAGGAUCUUCAAUCCACCCAUUUCUUCUUCAAGGACCUGAGCGCCCUCUGGUGGUGUUGGCUCGUGCUCCUCCUAUUGAACUCGAGGACGGAGAGGAGCAGAUCGGAGCGCCCUCUGAUGGUGUUGGCUCGUGGUCCUCCUGUUGAACUCGAGGAUGGAGAGGAGCAGCCCAAGGUCGAGGUAGAGGAGGAGAUCGACGCCGGCACGCUCGGAGAUGGGGUCGGCGUAGAGGAGGAGGAGGUCGUGGUACGGGAGGCCAGCGCCCGCACUGCUCCGCUGCCCUCCCCGGAGACCAUGACGCCGCGGUCAGCGACGGAUGGCCGCGGCCGGCGGCCUGCUGUGCUCACAAAUAGCGGUGAGGAGGCCGCCGUGGUCGCCGCCGGCUGCCCUCCGUCGAUGACCUCCACCUCGGCCCUCUCCUCGUCGCUGCCGGCCGCCGCGCAGGCCCGCGUCUUCUCCGUCGCCGACUACGGCGCGGCCGGCGACGGGUCCCGCUACGACACGGCGGCGAUCCAGGCGGCCAUCGACGCCUGCGGGGCGGCGGGGGGCGGCCGCGUGCUCCUCCCGGCGCCCGGGGACUACCUGACGGCGACGGUCCACCUCCGCUCGCGGGUGGUGCUCGAGGUGGCCCCCGGCGCGCGGCUCCUGGGCGGGACCAGGCAGCGGGACUACCCGCCCGAGUCGCGACGCUGGUACGUCGUGCUGGCCGAGAACACCACCGGCGCGGGCGUCACCGGCGGCGGCGAGAUCAACGGCCAGGGCGGCGCGUUCGUGAUCACGCCCAACGCGCAGAAGAACAUCAUGGUCAGCUGGAACGUCACCGGGGACUGCCAGGGCGACGAGUGCCGGCCCCGGCUCGUCGGCUUCCUCGACUCCAAGGACGUCAUGAUCCAUGACAUUACUCUCAACCAGCCAGCUUACUGGUGUCUGCAUCUUGUCAGGUGUGACAACUCGGUGAUCCGCAAUGUGUCUAUAUACGGGGACUUUGACACGCCCAACAAUGACGGGAUCGACAUCGAGGGUUCAAACAACACGAUCAUCGCCGACUGCCACAUAGACACUGGAGAUGAUGCGAUCUGCCCCAAGUCCGGCACAGGGCCUGUUUACAAUUUGACAGCGACAAACUGCUGGAUCCGGACUAAAUCUUCUGCAAUCAAAUUUGGAAGUGCGAGCUUUUUCAACUAUGAGAGGCUGGUCUUUGACAACAUAACUAUAGCUGAUUCCCAUCGAGGACUUGGAAUUCAGAUCCGUGAUGGAGGUAACGUUAGUGAUGUGGUGUUUUCGAACAUCAAAAUGCGCACCAGAUACUACGAUCCUUCAUGGUGGGGGAGGGCAGAACCGAUCUACAUCACUACCUGCCCAAGGCACACUGGUUACAAAGAAGGCACCAUUUCAGAUGUUCGUUUCAUCAACAUCUCAUCGGUCUCCGAAAACGGGGUUUUCCUGGCUGGAUCGAGCCAUGGCCUGCUUCGCAACCUAAAGUUCAAGAAUGUUGACCUAACCUACAAGAGAUGGACAAACUACACUGGGGGCCUGUAUGAUUAUAGGCCUGGGUGCCAGGAGAUGGUGAAGCACAAGACCGGUGGUAUGAUGCUGGAGUACAUCUCUGGCCUGGAGAUCGACAAUGUCAAUAUGAGAUGGUCCAAAGGAAACCUGAAAGGCUGGGAUGUUAAUCCGCUCCUCUUCCGGCCAUCGACUGUUGAUGGGCUGUCCUUCCAUGACUGGAAGUCGCUAGAUGUUCAAUAGUACACCAACUGAAUCUGAAAUUUUGUAUCUGUAUCACGAAUUCACACGAUGAAUAAUUGGCGAUUCUUUUGUGAAAUGUUUUACUAAUAAAAGAUCAAACAGGAACAGUAUAUUGAUUUCUUCUGUUCUGCAUA